ACAUAAGAAUACUUCCAAUAUGCCAAAAACGAACACAAGAGAGAGGAAUUUGUAGAGCAAUCCUUUGAAACCAGCCAGAAGAAGUUGUAGUCGUGGCCGAGUGGUUAAGGCGAUGGACUAGAAAUCCAUUGGGGUCUCCCCGCGCAGGUUCGAAUCCUGCCGACUACGGAUUUCUUUUGGCUCCUUUUCCCCCCAUGUAAUUUAAGGAAACGCCCCCAUGGGGCAGAGCCGCCGGAAAACAGGCCGGGGGAACCGGGCCAGCCCAGCACGGAGUCCCUGCGCCGCAGCUGGCUCUUAGCAAGGGAGCGAUCUCGGGACUCCGGGCCGGGGGCUGCGCUGUGCGGGGCGGCAGGAUGCAGCAGGGCGCGGCGCCGGCCGUGCUGGUCACCAGCAGGCAAGUUCAGAAUGCUCACACAGGGAUAGACUUGUCAGUGCCAGAGUACCAGGAAAUCCAUGGGAAGAUGAUGUCCGGCCAUGUGGAAUAUCACAUUGUAGCUGUUACCCGACUGGCUGCAUUCAAAUCAGCAAAGCACAAACCUGAAGAUGUGGUUCAGUUUAUGGUCUCUAAGAAGUACAGUGAGAUUGAUGAGUUUUACCAAAAGCUGACUGCCCACUACCCACAGGCAUCUCUUCCACCAUUACCCAGGAAAGCUCUGUUUGUCGGGGAAUCUGAUAUCCGAGAACGAAGAGUGGUGUUCAAUGACAUCAUGAGGCUCAUCGCCAAAGAUCUGGAACUAGCAACAAGUCCUGAAUUACUGGAAUUCUUAGGGACAAAAUCUACUAGUGUCAUUGACUUGAAAGGUAAAAAUGUUCCUGAGGAGGAGGAAGAAGAUGAAGAAAAUGAAGAGUUAGAUUUCUUCAAAGAGGAGAGGACAUCCGACAUAAUCCCUCGGUUUGGGUUAGUAAAAGAUCAAGAUGCCAGAAAAGAGGAGGAAGAGGAGGAAGAAGAUGUAGAUCCUCUUGGCAUAAUCCGAUCUAAAAAACCUAAGAAGCCCACGUCUCCUGCAGCCAAGGAAGACAAGCCCAAGUUAACCAUUUUUGACGAGGAAGUAGAUCCUGAGGAAGGAUUAUUUGGCCCAGUAAAAGAUUUUUCAUCUUCCAGUUCCAAGAAGAACUCGUCAGCCAAAGAGAAUCUGAAAUUAUUUGAAGACCCAGACCUCGGUGGGACUGUUAAACUAGGCGACUCUCUACUGCUGCCAACGGCCUGUGAGAACAAGGACUAUGUGCUAAGUGCCAGCCUCAAAGAGGACACAGAGGAGCUAUUGAGGGUUGAAGAGGAUUUAGAGAGGCUCUGGAGAGUGAGUUCUAAGCCAAAACCCAGGCUGCCAUGUAAACCGGCAUUGCCUAAGAAGCCAUUAAUCACCACUAAGAACAAUGUUAGUCCAGCCCCUCCAGCAAAGCCGAAGGAAGACAAGAUUCAAACCAUGGACGAGGUAGACAUUCUCCAGUACAUUCAGGACAACGAAUCUAUCAGCAACCAAGACAUGAGUCUCUUUUGAAGAGUCUAUUUCUUUUUUGUCUUCCGAGGCUGCCUUAUCCAAGCGCCUUUGACCUCAUAUGUGAGGGAGGCAGGAGUUAGCUCGAAUUCUUCAUUGUCACUACAUUUGUCAACUUGUCAUGAUUAGGAGAGCAGCAAGUCUGAUUAUUUCACAAGCUCUAAGUGGUAAAGAGUAUGUGUUUCUACACAGUGCAAUUAUGAUCUAAUGUUGCCUUAUAUUUUCAGGUUUUGUUUUUUUUAAGAGGUGUAGAAAAUAUACAACACUGUAGAUUCCGUGUACUACAGUCAUGUCAAAUUAUUGUAACAUUAAUCUAUUACUAGACCGAAAGGGCUAGAGCAAACAGCAUAGGCUACAAGCAUGAAUUCAGUCUAGUGGGGCCCCCUUCACUCCAUUAGCUGGAUAAGAGACCGUAUGUUUCAAUUAACUGGAAAUAUGACUCUUUUUCUCGUGUCCAUCCUUGUAGCAACCUGCCCUCCCUUGCUGUCAUUUCAGUGAGAUGCAGCCAGUUAAUGCUUAUGUGGAUACACUAAAUUCCACCUCCUUUGUAGUUGAGAGGGAGAUUAAAAUCCCAAAUUCCUGACCAUUCUUCCCCUAUUCAGGCACUCACUGAGUCCCAGAGAAAGUUGUCCCUACCCCCAGUAUAGAUACAGCCAUAUAGUGUCAAUGUCUUGCCAUUGGCUAUUUAGAUACACAAAUUCCAGCUCAGGGGAGAUCUAGCGCAAUAGUGAAACAAGGCUAGACACUGCAAAUCUAUGUACAGAUUUUCCGACUACGGAUAGUCAGCACAGGAACAUGGUGCAGAGUUAGCAAAUGACUAGAGCUGUAUUUCAGGCCAUCUGUAGAUACACAGACACGAUUAGGAAGUUUGGAUCUUUUUCCUGAUCUAAACUUCAGGGCUUGGGCCCAUCUCUAUAAAGACAUGGGAGUGGAAUGAUGGUCCCUUCGUUAUCUGUUUAAUUUUUAUAGCCAGGCAGGAGCAACUUCGGGGUGAUAAAAUAUUUUUUUUUUAAAUCUGAAUAUUUUCGUGAAAUUUUAGUGCCUGUGAAAAGAAAGAAAUUAACCAAGCACCUCAAGGUCUCCAGCAGUGAAAUGCUAGUAUAUUUAAGCCAUGUCACACACCCCAAAUCUGCCUUUUUAAUGCAUAACAUAAUAAAAAGCCUAUAAAGCACUUUAAAAAUAUAUUUUUUAAUAAUUACCAUGUUCUCUAUUCAUAAUUUUCUCUUUAUUCCAAAAGAUAAUGUAUUAAGUACAUUUUUGUUUAAAGGAACAAAAAAAUCAAUAUUAGAUUUGAACCAUGUAAAAUAAGAUUCACUAUAAUAAAAUGAC